AGGAGCAAGAAGGUCGCCUCUGGGUACUUUGUAUAUAAACCCCCAUUGGAUCAAUUCCAAAGCUCUAUCUGGUAUAUAACCAUAUAUUAAGCUCUAGUUAGAAGCUAGAAAGAGAAGGAUUAGAUUCCAAGAGAAUUGGAUUCCAAUUUCACAGCAGCAAAUUGGACAGCUAUCUCCAUUUGGGCAUCCAUAUCUCCCAAAUCUAGAGCCUUCAAUUGCAUCAGAACCAGUGGACUAAUGCAAAGGAAGAGAUUCUUGGAGUCGGUGGCAUGCAGCUGGGGGAAGCUGGUGGCAUCAGGAGGGACACCAGUUGCUGGGCCUGAUGAGGAAGGAGAGGUGGAAUUGCUCUUGGAUUUGUCUACUUGAGUUGUGUGCAUAGGUUCUUGCUCGGUUAAGGAGACUGUUCUUGUGGAGAAAAGAGAAGAUGGCACUGGCACCACCUGCAUCGUCAUCGCCGUCGACAACCAUGGCUUGCGCUAGACAGGGACGCCACCGGCAACGUUAUGAAGGAUUCUAUCGCCUUGUCUCCGGAUGCAUCCCUUACAUGCUCAAGGAGGAUGAGGAGGAAAACAGCUGCCAGGAUGUGCUAGGCAGGCUGCAAGUGCUCAUGAUCUCGACGCCAAAGCGAAGCGAUCUCAUCUUCCCAAAGGGUGGAUGGGAGGACGACGAGAGCAUCGACGAAGCUGCGUGCAGGGAGGCCUUCGAGGAAGCAGGCGCCAAGGGCAUUAUAAGCGCCACACCGCUGGGAGAAUGGAUCUUCAAGAGCAAGAGCAAGCAGAACAGUUGUGGCCUUCAAGGUGCUUGCAAGGGCUUCAUGUUUGCACUCCAGGUCACAGAGCUGCUGGAAAUAUGGCCCGAGCAGGUCACCCAUGGCAGGAGAUGGGUACCAGUAGAGGAGGCGUACGGACUCUGUCGAUACGACUGGAUGCGAGAAGCGCUGGACAAAUUGAAGGAGCAGCUGCUGUUCGAGAACAACUUCAGGCUUCUGCCGUCGCCAGAGUUGCUGGACUCAUCGAGCCUGUACAUGGUGAUGCCAUCUGUCGCUUAAGGGGCUGUAGCACUGUGCUGAUGCUGCUGAUCCCACUCCAAUGGCAGUUGCCAGCAGCAGCUUUGCUCGUCAUCUGAACUUCCAGGAGCGAAUGAUUUGGAUGGUGAGAUUAUGGUUCAGGCUUCUAAUCUCACCAGCAGAAAAGAGUUGCAAUGUCAGAAUCUUGUGGAACUACCAGAACGACAUCUCAUCUUGCUAGAUGAUUAAGUAAUAACUGUUUCAUGUUGCUGAGAACUAAUUGGAAGAAAGAAACUAACAGUUUUCAAUGUUUCAACCUUAUGAAUGAAAUGCAACUUUGACAA